AAAAAAAAGAGAAACAAAGAGUGUGGGGAGGGAACAAUUUGCUGCUCUGUUUGUGCGAAAUCUACAUUUCCAGCUUUCUCCAGACAGCAGGGUCAAGAGACUAGCAAGGUAAUGUUCAUCAGGUAACAUGAACUGUAUCCUUCAUUCAGUCAGAAGCAUUACCCUAUGGUAGUACAUUACUGCUUGACAGGUGGAGCUAUGGACCAAGGAUGCUACUAUCUAGAUUAAUGGACUAUUUCUAUCCAGGCGUGCGGACAUCCACCUACUUUCCAGAGUACUGAAUGCAUUAGGGAUGCCAAGAUGCAACUGUGUCACUAAAGACUGCUUGUAACUGUGUUCAUGUAACAGCUUAGAUAUUUUUUCUAUCUCCUCUUAGUUCUUUCCAUUAGUUUUCAAAAUCUACCUGGUCCACGUAGAGCAGAGUAAUAUAUUUUGUUUGUGAGUUGUUUGAUUUCAGAUUUAAGGUAUCUCAUGUUUUUUUUUUUUUUUUUCCAUAGUCCUCUGUAUAUCUUGAAGCGGAAUGUUGAUCUUGUGAAUCUCUUUCACACGAUCAGAAGCCCAGAAGACCUUUGGAGAGGUUCAACUUGGAAGCAACAUGCCCGAGCAAAGUAAUGAUUACAGGGUGGUGGUUUUCGGAGCUGCCGGAGUUGGGAAAAGUUCCUUGGUUCUUCGUUUUGUGAGGGGAACGUUUAGGGCAACCUAUAUCCCUACUAUUGAAGAUACUUACAGGCAGGUCAUCAGCUGCGACAAGAACAUCUGCACUCUACAAAUUACAGACACAACAGGAAGUCACCAGUUCCCCGCUAUGCAGAGGUUGUCCAUCUCGAAAGGUCAUGCUUUUAUCCUAGUCUACUCUGUCACUAGUAAGCAGUCCAUGGAAGAACUUCAACCAAUAUAUGAACAGAUCUGCCAGAUCAAAGGUGACACACACAAUAUUCCUAUCAUGUUGGUGGGUAACAAGAGUGACGAAACUCUCAGGGAAGUCCAGGCUAGUGAGGGAGAAAGUCUAGCCAACAAGUGGAAAUGUUCGUUUAUGGAAACGUCUGCAAAGCUCAACUAUAAUGUCCAAGAACUCUUCCAAGAACUCUUAAACUUGGAAAAGAGGAGAACUGUUAGUCUGCAGGUAGAUGGAAAGAAAUCCAAACAGCAGAGGAAGAAAGACAAGCUGAAAGGAAAAUGUUCAUUAAUGUAAAGAGACUUUUCUGGGAUAAAGAGACUCUCAUUGCUGCAUGAGGCAAACACGACCAUCUUAGAGGUUGGCGAAGAGAUGAAACUUUUGGCCUGAAAUGAAGGUGAAGAUGACCAUUUUUAAAACAAAAAUGAUCAUUACUGCAGCCAUUAAAUAUUAUAUUGGAGUAACGCUGAACACGUGUCUGUGACAUUUCAUUUAACAGUAUGUGGGUUUCCCUUUAAGACUUUUUGUGGCCAAGAGGGUGAGUUAUGUAGUCCCGAAUCCUUUUGUGCUUACAGGGUUUAAUAAACCAGGAACAUUGCACAAUGUCAAUUAUCUGUGCUUUACAAGUUUUUAAUGGGGUUUGCCAGAUAAUUCUCAAUUAAUUAACUUGUGUGUUGGACCCUUCCUAAAUAAAUUAUGUCAUAUAGUGGAACCUAUGAGGUCUUUAGUUGUUGUUGUUGUUCUUUAAUUAAGCUUAGUAAGCAUUGCACUAAUAAAGAGACCAACUUAUAGGACACUGUUUAUGUAUUUUACCUAAAACUCCAUUGUGGUCUUUUUGUCCUUCCAAUGUAUACUGCAAAUAUAGAAAAAUGUGUCCGCUGUAAAUUAAACAUAUGUCACAAUUUGAACGGGCUCCCAGUUUUUUUUUAAAUAUUCAACUAGUAUUUUGCAUAAAUAUCACUAAUGUUUUUUGUAAUAAUUAAAUCCAAACCAGUAUUUUUGAGAGCAAGCUGCAGUGGUUAUAUCGCCCCUUUAGGAACCGAG